UACCAUUUUAACAGAAUGUUUGUUGCAUUCAAGCCUUGCAUCGAUGGUUUCUUAGCUGGUUGUAGGCCUUAUGUUGGUGUGGACUCAACAACACUUUAUGGCAAGUUUAAGGGCCAGUUAGCAUCAGCAACUGCUGUAGAUGGGCACAACUGGCUAUAUUAUGUAGCAUUUGCUGUGUUUGAUUCUGAAACCGGUGAAAACUGGAAAUGGUUCAUGAAACAAUUGCAUAGAGCUAUAGGUUCCCCACCUGGUCUUGUUAUUUCUAGUGAUGCAUGCAAAGGAUUAGAGACUGCCAUUGACCUUGUCUUUCCUAAUUGUGAAAACCGAGAGUGCAUGAGGCACUUGUAUGCAAAUUUUAUGAAGAAAUUCCAUGGUAAAGUGUACACAGAUAAUCUUUAUCCAGCUGCACGGUCUUUCUCACAUCGAAAGUUUAUGCAUCAUAUGAAGAAAAUUCAGGAUGCAAAUCCAGCGGCUAUUGAAUAUCUAGAUAUUCAUCACAAUAGGUUGUGGUAUAGAUGUGGUUUUGGAGAGGCCAGUAAGGUUGAUUAUUUGACAAACAACAUAUCCGAGAGUUUCAACAAGCAAAUAAAAGACUUCAAAGGGCUCAAUGUCCUGAACCUUUUUGACAAAAUUAGGGAGAUCAUCACAGAGAAGUUCUAUAUUAGAGGACAAGUAAGUAAGCAGCUAAAGGGUAGGAUUCUUCCUCAUGUCAUUAAGCAGCUAAAUGCUCUCAGCAAAACCAUUGGUCGAAACAAGAUUCUUUGGACCAGUGAACAUGAGGUAGAAGUCACGUUGUUGGAUCUCAAAUUUGUCAAAAGACACAUUGUCAACUUGAAAGAUAGAACAUGUACUUGUAGAGUUUGGCAAGUUUCAGGAAAGCCAUGCAUGCAUGCACUGGCCUUCAUUUGUAGCAUCAAUGGUGCUGAGAUUCAAACAUAUGUGGAUGAUUACUAUUCUGUGGAUAAGUUCAAGGCAGCGUAUGCUGGGAAUAUCCCUUCCAUGACAGAUAAGUCACAGUGGAUCCAAGUGGAUUUGGGUGUCAAGGUCCACCCUCCUUUGCAGCAAAUAGUGGCUGGUAGGCCACGAGUUCAGAGAAUUAGAGGAUGGCUAGAGCCUGGAAGGAAAAUAGUCAAGUGUAAGAGGUGUGGUGAACCUGGGCACAUGCAGAAGACAUGCAAGGUUCCUAAUCCUGAAUAUAUGGCGGUAGAUGAUGAUAUACCUAUAGAGGAUCCAUCUACACCUACAAACAAAAGGAAGAAAUGUGGUGAAACAACGGCUACAACAGAUGGUGAUGCAACAGAUGAUGAAGUCCUUAUUAAUCUUAUAAGGAAAAGGGCCAGAACAACUCCACAGAAGCCGAAGGCAUCUGAAAAGGUCAAUGCACCAGCCAAGAAGAAGACACCUGUGAAGAUAGCUGCGGUAGAAGAGAAGACCAAGAAAAGGACUCCUGUGAAGAAAGCUACAACACAACAGAAAACCAAAAAGAAGACCCCGUGAAGAAAGUUGCAUCACAAGAGAAAGCCAAGAAGAAGACAUCUAAAGGGAAGAAAGUCAAGAAGAAUGUUCCAUUUGCGCCGGUUAUACCUCCACCUCCACCUCCACCUCCAGAAGGGCAGCCUACAAAUGGUGCAAAAAGAAGCCUUCUUUAUUGGCUUGGUGGCUAGCGGCUGCCGAAAUUAAGUCGUGCUUGUGAACCUGUUUAUGUGAACCUAUUUACUCUACUAAAUCGUGCUUGUGAACCUAUUUACUCAAUUAAAUCUUGCUUGUGAACCUGUUUAUGAAUCGAUAUGAAUUGUGCUUGUUAAUUUGUAUUAAACCGAGCAGAAAUGCUGUUGAAGUUUCUGGCCAGAUUA